CCACAGCCCUGCGACCUUCCGUGCUGUGCUUCUGGGAGCCAAAGAGGAGCCAGGUCACAGUUCAUGCUAUGUGAGCGCUGUGUCUAACAGGAUGGCUGGGAGACUUGAGAAGUGUUCCUCUUUGAUGGGAUUCGCUCUCCUCUGUCUGAAAAUGGUGACUUCAUCCAAAACAGCGCCUGAAAUACCAACUAUUGAUCAGGCAUAUUCAAAACUCAGCAAUAGCAUCACUGUAGAGUGGACUGCUGUGCCAGGGGCCACAAGUUACCUGCUCACAGCUGAAGAUGGGGACACAGUCAUUGAGACCAUGGUGGCCAGUUCCCCGGGCACUGUGACAGGCCUGAAGGCUGCGACCUUGUACCGAAUCACCAUCAGAUCCAUCAGUGCCUCUGGACAAAGCCAGGCGUCAUCUCCAAAGCAGGCGAAGACAGGUCCUCGCGCCCCUGCCAACGUUCAAGUCCUCUUUGACAGCGGGGCCUUGAAGGCAUCUGUUUCCUGGACACCAACAGAAGGAGCGUUCAACUACACUGUGUUGGCGUCCAGCGAGUCUUCCCAGCGGAGCUGCAGCACGGCUCUCAGUUCCUGCAGCCUCAGCUCCCUGCAGUGCGGAACCGAGUACCUGAUUUCUGUCUCAGCCAGCAAUGACGCUGGCUCCAGCCGGUCCUCCUCUGCCGCGACCCUGAAAACUGUGGCUUGUGCACCUGGAAGAGUGACAAUCCAAGAAGCCCCUCCUGGUCACUUGUCUGUGGCUUGGUCUAAUGUAGAGCUGGGUGAUUACUACGUGGCGUUCGUGAAGAGUGACGACGGCCUGGAAGUACACUGCAAUACCUCCCUCACUCGGUGCCACUUCCUGUCUGAGUGCGGCUUCACGUACUUCAUCAGCGUAUUUGCCUACAACACCGCGGGGCAGAGCCCCCUGGGCGACGUGUUCAACUACACCACAGCGCCUUGCUGUCCUAGCGACAUUAGCGCAGUGUUGGUGUCCAGCGACAGAGUGGAAAUCGCCUGGUCUCCUGUGCGCGGUGCUGAGCUCUAUGAAACCAAGGCCAUAGCUGGGUACAGCGUGGUGGAGUGCAACGACACGGCUCCUGCUUGCACGCUCUCGGCUUUGGAUUGUGACACUAAGUACAACAUCACCGUGUACUCCUUCAGUGAGAUCCGGGGCAGCAAUCUGUCCUGCUCGUCACACUACAUCACCACGGCUCCUUGCAGUCCUGAAAUAAAACAUAUUUCAAAGGAUGCAUUCUCCACGAUUAAUGUGCACUGGCGAUCAACGAACGAAGGUGCCACUUACACCGUGACUGCCCAGGGGAAGAAGGGGCUGUUCCAGUGUAGCAGCACAGGGGAGACCUGCAUGAUCGGGGGCCUGCCCUGUGGUUCCGUGUUCUCUGUCAGUGCUGUGGCCGAAACUCAGGCGGGAAAGAGCCUGCCCAGCUACAGUGUGCCCCUGGAAACAGUGCCAUGCUGUCCAGUUGGUCUGACGGCGGCGCAGGUCACCCAGUCUAUAAUCAACGUGAGCUGGACUAUCGGGACAGUGGCUCAGACCUACGUGACAGUGCUCGAGUCACAGAUCGGACAGUCCAAGUGUCACACCCAUCAGAACCACUGCCUUCUGGGAUGCAUCGCAUGUGGCAUCAACUACACGGUGGCAUUGAAAGCCAUUAGCCCUACUGGACUGACUGCAGACUGUGCCUACCAAAGUUAUUCUUCCAGUGCCUGCUGCCCGCUGGGGGUCAAAUUAUAUAGGCUGGGCCCUAAUGGCAUCCGGAUCUACUGGCAAGCCUCCAGGGGCUCUGCCAAUUAUAGCACCGACCUCCAUGGGUCCAAAGGCAUCUUCACGUGUGUCCCAAGCGCUGGUUUAAGUUUCUGUGACGUCACCGACAUCCCCUGUGGGGACGUAUACACUGUGAUGGUCUCGCCAGUUGCAGACACAGGACUGAAGCUCACAUUCUGUCCAAAGAAAAUAUACUCAGUUACUUGUUCUGGAAGUACACUCGGGAUGGUGAUUUACAGAGGGAAGAGGAACGACACCGUGAGCCCCCGGUAGAAGCAGACACUCCAGGAGAGUUAAGAAGCAGCGAGGAAACAAGCUCUUAGAACACAGAACGCCCGUAGGAUAGGAAAAGCUCCAUCGGCCUUCAAGGGAGUAAUUCAUACUCUGUAUCGACAAGGCAAGGUCAAGUGUGUCAUCAGCUGCAGAGAAGUUCCAGAUGAACUGUGUGAGGAGAGGUGAGGGCUCUACAGAGGAAUGAUCCAGAAAGUCCCCUGGAAGGCUGCCAGAGUGAGUCAGCUUGGAGUCAGAGCCUGCAAGCAUAAAAGCGCUGCUUAGCAGAAUUUGUUCAGAGACUUCACAUCCAGACACGCCACAGAAUGUUGCCGGUUCCAACCAGCUGAGGCUGGCAUCGGAUCCUCAGUCCUUCUACAGCAGCCUCCCAGAGUGCUAGAAUUACAGGCCUGUACCGGUUUGCCCAGCGCUCCCUCACAGACUUUAACAAGUCCUGUUCACGAGUGUCUCAGCAGUUUGCCAUACAGCAUCUUCCCUCUAGGGAGGAUGGGCAUGGACCCCCACAGUAGUCAGCACCUCUGCCCCCCCCCCCGCCCCCGCCCUCAGGAGGAUCAGCAUCCACCCUGAGACAGGCCUCAGUUGGGACUUUUUAGCUGGAAGUCACACAGCAGCGGUUGCUAGGGCAACGCGGGGUAACAAACGCCCUAGGCACAAGUUCCCAGGGAAACUGAGCUGCCUGCAGAUUUCAUCAAGUCAGAGAGGCAUGUGAGCAGCCAUCUGCCAGAGCCUCUGGAAAGCAGAACUGUAGGCCCGUGGCUGGAAAGAUCGCCAUCAGGAGAGAGCGAAGAUAUCAGGUGGAGCAGUGGCCAAGGGCAGAGACUCAGACCAUGGCAGACAGACACACACAGAUUUUCGGGGGCUCAGCGAUCUUGUAGCCCGUUCUCUACACUCCCCUCACCUUGUAAUGGCUUCUUUCCGGGUUUGGGUAGGAAAAACAGCGUUAGAUAACAUAAAUCUGUUGCAUCUGGAACAGUGUGUGUCUGUCUAACGCCAGAACGCUAGUUUCAGAGUAGUGUGAGUAAGAUUUGUGUCACGCGUGCGCACGCGGCUGUGGCGCUUACCCCUCAGAGGAGUGACUGGAGGGUCCGAAGAAAUGGCUCGGUGGUUAAGCGAACAGGCUGCCCUUGUAGAGGACCUGGGUUGCAUGCCUGGUCCUCACCCCUGGUAGCUCACAGCCGUCUCUCACUGUUGGUCAGCGGUGGUCUUGGUCCAUCCCCUCCUCUGGUCUCUGAGAGUG